AAAAGGAAAGAAAGAAAAACCGCAUGCAGGAAAAAAGGGAAAAGAGUAACAAACAAAACACAUCAGAAAGCAGCAGUAUACAGAGUUGUAGUACCAACGGCGAGUCACCUACCGGAGAGAGAACAAUAAUCCCACUUACUGUGGUGCUCGCCGGAACCUCCAUCGUCUCCGGCUGCCGGAAAUUCUCUUUAAGAACCACAGUACUCUCUCUCUACCCUUCUCUGUUUCUGUUCGUGGUCUCAAAUUAUGAAGCCAGACUCAACUGAUGAUUUAACCAAAGCCGAUGCGAACAGUGAGAGUCGCAUAAGAGAAAGUGAGCAUGCGAGGCUUGUUAUAAGAAAUGAACCAAGAAUAGCUGAGGCAGAUAAUUUAGAGUCUCAAUUACCAGCCAGAAAACGGUCUGCUGUGUGGUGUUUCAAGGCAAUGAUAUGGUGUUCUAUCACUAUAAUUGUUCUUCUAAUCUUCGUAAAAUGGGGACUGCCCUUUCUUUUUGAGAAGGUUCUCAUUCCAUUCCUACAAUGGGAAUCCACUGCAUUUGGCCGUCCAGUUCUUGCCCUCGUACUUGUAGCUUCCUUAGCUUUCUUUCCAGUAGUCCUACUUCCUUCUGGACCAUCGAUGUGGCUCGCAGGAAUGAUCUUUGGAUAUGGUCUCGGAUUUGUCAUAAUCAUGGUUGGAACAACAAUCGGGAUGAUCCUGCCAUACUUGAUUGGUUUGCUUUUCCGAGAUAGAAUUCAUCAAUGGUUGAAGAGAUGGCCUCGGCAGGCUACCUUGGUUAGAUUGGCAGGAGACGGAAGUUGGUUCCAUCAAUUUCGUGUGGUUGCAUUAUUUAGGGUUUCGCCAUUCCCAUACACAAUCUUCAAUUAUGCAGUAGCAGUUACAAGCAUGAGUUUCUGGCCUUAUUUAUGUGGAUCAAUAGCAGGAAUGAUUCCUGAAGCCUUUAUAUACAUAUACAGUGGUCGGCUAAUAAAGACAUUUGCUGAUGUCCAAUAUGGAAACAUCCACCUGACUCCAGUUGAGAUUGUAUAUAAUGUAAUUUCCUUCAUUAUAGCAAUCAUCACAACAGUGGUUUUUACGGUGUAUACGAAGAGGACACUGGAUGAACUUGAAAGAGCACAAGAUAUCGACAGUGAAGGCUCUGCCUUUGACAAUGGCAAACUGGAAAUGGGGCCGCUUCCCAUUGGAAAAAUCAUGCGUUUAGAUUGAAAAGCCUUUCCUGACUACCAAGGGUAUCUAAGGAACCUAGUGUAAUUAAAUUUAGCACAGAAGCCUCCUUUUAUAUUUGUAAUUACGAAAUGAAAAGGGAAAGAAAAAUAAAGGUUUGCAUAAAGCUGUGAUUGAUUCUAUUCUUUCACCAAGUAAUGAUAGUCUGAUUUUGUUCAGAGAAAACAAUGGUUCCCUCAGAAAGGAUGGAUGGAUGGAUGAGCCUGUUUUUUUCUUUAGACUUGCUUUGUUGGUAAAGUAAAGCAGAUGAUGAGAUAUGACUUCAAUGA